AUGAAUAGAAUCUUGCAGCUUGAACAUAUUACUGAGAAACUUGAAGAGCAGAACCAUGAAUUGAAAGAUCAUAAUGAGCAGCUUGAGAUCCAGAUCAUGGCCAUCCCAUCCACCAGACAACAGGAAAAGAAAGAUAAAGCCAAAGUCAACUUAUCAGAAGUUUUCAAGAGUGAACAGGGAAAAUUAUGA